AUGGAAUCUUCAAAAAGGCCUCGAAAGAUUUACCUUCCCACGCUACAAAUAUCGGCAAAUGUACAUGUGAAGGCCUUAGUGGCGGAGACAGUGGUGACACAGAGCUUUCAAAAUCAUGAGAAUCAUCCGAUCAAGCACGCACGUUAUGUGUUUCCGCUUUACGAUGGUUCAGUAGUCAACGCCUUCAAGUGUUUUGUGGGACGGGAGAGGGUGCUUGAGGGAGUUGUUGAGCCAAAAGAAGAGGCAGAAAAGUUGUUCAAACGCGCCAUCAAACGUCAACAAGUUGCAGCGAUGCUUGAAGAGCACACUCCAGAAAUUUUCGAAACCAGUAUCGGAAGCAUAUCUCCAAACACGACGGUCAAGGUCGAAAUCUCGUACAUCUCAGAGCUGAAGGCGGACCUUCUCAGCAAUGAUGUAGUCUUUGUCCUUCCUACGUCCAUCGCCCCUCGCUACGGAAUCCCGCCAUCUAACCCUUUGGAUUUCGAAAACCACACUGGAACAGACCAACUUGGACUAGAAAUUAAUAUUGACGUCUGUUUACCGGUUCCGGUGGAAAGUAUUGCAAGCCGUACUCAUCCGAUAUCAGUCAAAAUGGGCAAAGCGGUUAGUACUGUCAAGAGGUUCCAAGAGAUGAACACCGAAAUGGACAUUAAGAGAGCUACUGCAACUCUGGCAACGCGGUCUACCGCACUGGAGAAAGAUUUUAUACUAGUAGUGUCUCCUGCACAAAGUAUCGCCAACACUAGGGCAUUUAUCGAGCCACACCCCGAAUUCGAUGACCACAGUGCAGUCAUGAUCAGCAUUUCCCCUCAAGAUCUUGCCAAACAGGUUGAGACGCCAGUGUCAAACUACACAACAAGCGAAGUGAUCUUUGUUAUUGAUUGCUCGGUGUCAAUGACAGACAAAAUCAACGCGCUAAAGCUGGCCUUGAGGGUUUCUGUCAAAAGUCUUCCCGAGGAAAUAUCAUUCAAUCUGUGUAUGUUUGGCAGUUCCUGCCAGUUACUGUGGGGCAAAUCACAGCCAAACACCCAAGAAAAUCUUGAUGCUGCAUAUGCACAAAUCAACGAGUUCUCAGCAAACAUGGGCGGUACCGAAAUACAGGCAGCUCUUGAAAGAGCAACCUCAAGUCGUAUUGUAGACAAGGACACCAACGUCAUUGUCGUCACAGACGGGGAAACAUGGGAUCUUGAGGGGACACUUCAGUUGGUCAGGAAAGCCAGCCAAGAGCAAGGUGUUCGAUUCUUCUGUCUCGGCAUCGGAGAUGCAACAUCACACGCCCUAGUUGAGGGCAUUGCGCACCAGGGCUCGGGAAUGGCAGAAGUUGUCACCUUAUCUGAGUCUGGAAGAUGGGAAACCAGGGUCAUCCGCCUUCUCAAAGGAGCUCUAGCCCCAUCCAGUUGGAACGUAACAAUACAAACCGAGACACCAGAUCUGCCGAACCGCUAUAUCUCUCUAUCGCCAAAUGAUGGGAUGACUCGCGAGAUUCUGAUUCCCGCAUGCAUACAAGCUCCAUUCCAUAUUCCGGCUCUAAACACAUUUUCCAGGUUCUCCGUUUUCCUCUUGCUCAACAACAAUGUCCUCGUAGCAAACAGAAAUAAGCUUACCAUAGCUGGGACAUCGUCGAGUGGAGAAACUGCAAAGCUCGUUGUUGAACUGGGAACAGUCGACAAAAAUAUUUCAGCUGUACACACACUUGCUGUGCAUGCCGUUAUGUAUGAUCUCGAACAUGAGUCCAGUUGGCUUCACAAUUCUACUUACGAGUUGCUACGAGCAAACAACUCUGUCUCCCGUCAAAAAGUGGCUAGACAGGCUGCCAUAAGUCUCGGAAAAAAAUGGUCGAUUGUUGGGAAAUGGACCAAUUUUAUCGCUGUAGAAAAGCGUACAGACGGUACAACGCUGAGAUCUUUGGCAGAUAUCUAUCGGCCGGAGAUAUCUGAGAUCAAAAAUGCUCCA